AUGCCCUGCUAUGUACGGCUACCACUUUCAUUGUUCCGCACCUGUGCUCGCCCUCCUCAAGCUAAAGACUUAAAUCCUGACACAAUAAGCUACUAUGGCAACUACUAUGGAGGACUAGGCUAUGGCUAUGGCUGCAAAUAUGGUUAAACCUCUGGCUUUGGUGCCUUUAGAAUCCUGGACUGUGGCUACAGAUGUGGCUGUGGUGGGUUAUGA